AUGGCCAGCAAUGGUUUGCGCACAAUUUGUGUAGCCUACAAAGACUACAUUCGAAAGAAUGUUCGUGACGCCGCAAAUCAUGAGACAUCAUUCGAAAAGGAUGAAGACAUCGACUGGGACGACGAGGAAAAGAUAUCUAAUAAUUUUGUUGGCAUCGCCAUUUGUGGAAUUCAAGAUCCUGUACGACCUGAGGUCCCUCAGGCUAUCGAAAAAUGCAAAAGAGCUGGUAUAACGGUUCGUAUGGUCACCGGUGACAACAUCAACACGGCUAGAGCAAUCGCCAUGACUUGCAGAAUUCUUGAACCCGGAGAUGAUUUCUUAGCCCUUGAAGGCAAGGAAUUCAACGAGAGAAUUCGUGGUCCUGACGGGAAGGUAUCGCAAGCGAAGUUGGACGAGGUCUGGCCUCGUCUUAGGGUACUGGCUAGAGCUCAACCAACGGACAAAUACACUUUGGUCAAGGGUAUCAUAAACAGCAAGGCUACACCGCAGAGGAGUAAAGCCGAAGCGAUUUUUUUCAGGGAAAUUGUCGCAGUAACUGGUGAUGGUACAAAUGACGGUCCU